AAGGUACCGAGGGGUAAACUGCCAAUAUACAAGAAGAAGGCGGAGGAAGUAAAAACAUUUCAUUUCCUAGUUGAAAAUGCAGUCGGCACGUAAAAAAAACACGUGAAAAUGAUAUUGGAAGGUUUUAAUUCAUAAGUAUUAUUCUUACCACAACACGUGCCGCAAAGCGUCAUGUCUCUUCAAUGCACUCGACGGCGCCUCCUCUCUGUGCUCAAAGUUCACUGUUGCAGCCAUGCGACACUCAGCGGCACCCAGAAUCCGUGGGAGCAAACCGGAAGUGUUCCGGUGUUCCAGUACGUGGGUCAGCACAGAAAACCCAGCCAUAAAGUGUUUGUGUGGGGCUUCAGCUUCACGGGAGCACUGGGCAUUCCCAGCUUUGUGAUCCCUGACAGCGGCAGGAAGAAGCCUCGCAAAUACCAGCUCACACCUUACCGACUGGAGACGGCAGAGCAGAUCUCGUCCGCCGCCUGUGGGUACGGCUUCACCCUCCUCGCCUCAUCCACGAGAGAUGUGACCAAGUUGUGGGGUGCCGGCCUCAACAAGGACUCUCAGCUCGGGUUCCAACGCACGCAGCGUAGCCGACUUCACAGUUACGAUUACGUGCUGGAGCCAUCGCCCGUACUGCUGCCUCUACGAGAACCGCAGAAAACACGCGUGAUGCAGGUCUCGUGCGGACGGGCCCACGCACUCGUGCUAACUGACAGCGAAGGAGUGUUCAGCAUGGGCAACAAUGCUUACGGCCAGUGCGGACGACACAUUGUGGAAGAUGAAGUGUACAGCGGCAGCCACAUUGUUCAUAAAUUGGAGGGCCCAGAGGGCCGGGUGGUGCAGGUGGCGUGCGGACAGGACCACAGCCUCUUCCUGACGGAUUCCGGACAAGUCUACGCAUGCGGAUGGGGAGCGGACGGACAGACCGGUUUAGGGCACCAUGGCGUGUGCUCCACCCCGACGAGAGUGCUGGGGGAGUUGUCAGGUGUGAAGGUUCAGCAGGUCAGCACGUACGGCGACUGCAGCCUGGCAGUUUCUGAGGACGGGCAGCUGUAUGGGUGGGGGAACUCGGAAUACCGUCAGCUGGCCUCUGUCUCUGACACCACACAGGUGAACUCACCUCGUCGACUGCCCCUACCAGGCUGCGGUAAGGUGAUACAAGCCGCAUGCGGAGGAACGCAGGUGGCGGUUCUCAAUGAGCGUGGCGAGGUGUUUGUUUGGGGCUACGGAAUCCUGGGAAAGGGCCCUUCGCUUUCUGACUCCAGCGCGCCCGAGAUGAUCCCCCCGUCCCUGUUCGGGCAAUCAGAGUUUAACCCCUCCGUCGCCGUCACCAAGAUCCGUUGCGGCCUCGCUCAUUUUGCUGCUGUCACGGAUCGCGGCGAGCUCUUUGUUUGGGGGAAGAACAUCAGAGGUUGUUUGGGCAUCGGGAAGAGAGAUGACCAAUUUUUCCCGUGGCGGGUAACGGUUCCGGGUCAUGUGUCGGACGUAGCGUGCGGUGUGGACCACACAGUGGCGCUUGUCAAGUCCAUCCUAUGAGUUGGAUGAAAGGGCAUCCUUGAGUGUUCCUACCCUGCAGCCCAAUGGAGUAUUCUGUUGUGUGGGGUGUUAUGUAAACACUCGAUUCAUCUUUGGACACAUGUAACAGACAUGGAAAGGACAAAUCUUUUUGGUAAAUUAUACUGCAGGAGGCUUGCAUCGUUUUACCCUCAUACAGUAUGCCUCGGUCGUGUGUUUCUAGGCAAAAAUCAUGAACACAAUUGUAUCUACCUUCAAUAACAUGAAGUCAACAACAUACAAUGGAAAAAAAACAACAUAGCCCAAAGAUAAUGUUAUAAAAAAAAGAUAUUUAAAGCUAAUAUAGGACAAAAAAUGUCAUCAUGUGCAUUUACGGGCUAAGAUUGUCCAAAAAAAGGAAGUGAAUAUGAGUAGGUGCCAGUUGUGUUGCACUUCAUGUUUCUGAUUAAAUUAUUUUCAGAGACGUGUAUUCUGCAUUUAGGGUCUCCCAUUUUAAGGUCAAUGUAUCAGAUUUUUUUUUUCCUUUUUGUAUUUAAUUGAGUUUGGAUAUGUUAAAAUUUCUCUUUUGGAAUUGAAUUUUUGUAUUUUAAAAAAAUGUAGCUGCAGUUGCUCUUCAAGUGCGAUAGAAAUUAAACUAAGUUGUGAUAACUCCAUUUGUUUGUCAUUUUU